GUCAUGUUCCCCUCCUGCUGGGAUGGCAAAAACCUGGAUUCGCCUAAUCACAAGAGCCAUAUGGCGUAUCCGGAUCGCGUUGAUAGUGGCGUUUGCCCACAGUCGCACCCAAAGCGCCUGGUCACGAUAUUCUAUGAUGUAGUCUUUCAGGUCAGUAAGUUCAAGGACAGAUGGCAUGGUAGCUCGCAUCCCUUUGUUUUCUCCAACGGCGACCCGACCGGCUACGGCCUCCAUGGUGACUUCCUCAACGGCUGGGACGUUAAAGUCCUGCAAAAGUCAGUCAAUCAGUGCACUGAUACUUCUGGAGUCAUCAAGAAGUGCCCCGUCCUUACCUUCUUCGACGACGACGCCAUGAACGGAUGCCGCGUGCCUGUCCAAGUCAAUGAGAAGACUACUGGCGUCCUCAAAACACUCCCCGGAUGUAACCCUGUUACGUUCGGCCCGGAGCCUGCUGCCCCCGUUGAGAUCAGCCCACCGAAGUGGCCCUUCACCGACGUUACCGACACCAAGAUGUUCCGCUACCUAGGAUGCGCCAAAGGUUCUUACAGUUCCCGCAGCCUCAAUAUGGCCCGUACUAGUGGGGAUAACAUGACAAUUGAAUCAUGCCUUGACUACUGCGAGCGACAGGGUUACUUAUUCGCCGGCCUUGAAUAUGGUCGAGAGUGCUACUGCGGGAAUGCGGUCGCGAAGAGCAACCUUCCUGUCAAGGGACAGCUGGGUAAAUGCGAGAUGCCUUGUGCAGGUAACAAGGAACAGGUCUGUGGAGGCCCAGGCGCGCUUUCUCUCUACCAAAAGUGCAAAGCAUUGCGGGGUUCUUGCAAGAAUGCCCAGAUUAUGUAA